CUAUACUAAUGAUAGUUUCUACUUUGAAAUUUCUUCCCAAGUUUGUCCUUGAUGUUCAGUAAACUAUCUAUUGUGAUUUAAAUAUACGUCAUCCCAAAUUGACUGACGAUAAGUUAGGCAGAACUUUGACUAUCCAUAUAUGCACAACUUUGAGACAAACCGUUAAUAGAACAAACUAUGAGUUCCAAGUGUUACACAAUAUUCUGGGAAGAGCUAGCAAUAAAUUUACAAAUACAAAUUUAUUUAAAGUCAAGUUGAAUGGUACUGUAUCCACAGAUUGGUGUUCCAUUGUCGAAUUGAUUCCGGUUUAAAGCGAAAGUGACACUGUAACAUCUCCAACAAAUAUGGCAAAAGAUGAUUUUCAAGAAAACGGAUUGGAGGAAACAGUACCACUAAAUACCGAAUAUGUGAAAAAUAAACUGAAAAUCAAAAAGACAAAGGAUGGGAAAAAGGAGGACAAAAAGGAGGAGAAAAAAAUCUCAUAUUUUCAACUGUUUCGUUACACCACAUUGCAAGACAAAUUAUGCAUAGCUUUAGGCACCCUGUGUGCAGUAAUAUGCGGCUGCAUCCAACCUUACGUAAUGAUACUUUUUGGAGAUGUUACCGAAGUCAUUAUCCAAUUCGCCGAGACUUUGAAGUCAAACAAUUCGGAAAUUAACAGAACACAAGCUGUGGACGACUUAUUUAGGGGCGUAACGGACUUUGCGAUUUAUUCCUCAAGCUCAGGGAUUGUGAUGAUAAUUACGACUUACUUGGCCGGGAUACUUUUCAGUUCAAGUGCCUUAAGACAGAUCUUCCAUAUUAGGAAAUUAAUUCUGCAAAAGACGUUAAACAUGGACAUUUCCUGGUACGACCUUAACAAGACGGGAGACUUUGCGACCACUUUCACAGAAAACUUGUCGAAACUUGAGGAAGGAAUAGGCGAAAAAGUUGGCAUUUUUUUGUACUUUGAGACGAUUUUUGUCACUGGGAUUGUGAUGGGGCUUGUGCUGGGCUGGGAGCUGGCCCUAAUUUGCCUCAUUUCACUGCCAGUGUCCUUCGCUGUCGCGUUCUUAAUCUCAUGGUUAUCCACAAAAUUCUCGAAACAAGAACUCGAAGCCUACGCUAACGCCGGUGCCAUCGCUGAGGAAGUUCUAAGCUCGGUCCGGACAGUUGUAGCUUUCGACGGCCAAGGAAAGGAAUUCGAACGCUACGAGAAGCACCUACAAGCUGCCAAGAAAAACAACAUCCGCAAAAACCUAUUCACGGGCGUAAGUAACGCCGUUAUGUGGUUUUUCGUGUUCGCCUCCUACGCCCUAUCAUUCUGGUACGGCGUUGGGUUGAUUUUGAAAGAGAAGGAACUGCCCUACGAAGAGCGAGUUUACACUCCUGGAAAUAUGGUCUCCGUGUUUUUUUGUACGUUAAUGGCGUCCUGGAAUUUCGGGACUGGCGCCCCGUAUUUCGAAAUUUUCGGGACGGCUUGUGGCGCCGCCGCCAAAGUGUUCGAGAUUUUGGACACAAAACCCGACAUAAACCUCUCCAAAACCAAAGGCUUGAAACCGAAAAACCUGAAAGGCGAUAUCGUUUUCAAGGACGUUUCCUUCCAUUAUCCUUCCAGGCCGGACGUCAAGAUUUUGCAAAAUUUCAGUAUUGAAAUCAAAGCCGGUCAAACCGUAGCUCUGGUCGGAAGUUCGGGUUGCGGAAAAUCAACGUGUAUUCAACUGAUCCAAAGAUUUUACGACGCUGUGACUGGCACUGUCAAAAUUGACGACAACAAUAUCAAAGACUUAAAUUUAACAUGGUUGAGGAGUAAAAUCGGGGUUGUAGGCCAGGAACCGGCACUUUUCGGGGCCACAAUCGCCGAGAACAUAAAAUUCGGGAACGUUACAGCCACUCAAAGUGAUGUCGAACGCGCUGCCAAAAAAGCCAACGCCCAUAAUUUCAUCCAAAAAUUGCCACGCGGUUACAAUACCGUCGUUGGCGAAAGAGGGGCCCAACUUUCCGGGGGCCAAAAGCAAAGAAUUGCGAUAGCUAGGGCCUUAAUACGGGAACCUAAAAUACUGUUACUUGAUGAAGCCACUUCGGCCCUUGAUACCACAAGUGAGGCGGAGGUUCAAGCGGCCCUGGACGCUGUCAGUGGCGAGUGCACCACCAUUAUUGUAGCUCACAGAUUAUCAACAAUAAGGAACGCUAACCGAAUUGUGGUCGUUUCUCACGGAUCGGUGAUCGAGGAAGGGACACACAGUGAGCUAAUGGCGAAAAAGGGGGCUUACUUCGACUUAGUACAGUCGCAAGGGUUGGUCGAAACUGAAGAAACAACCACAGAAGAAAAACAAAAACAGAACGGUGUGGUCGACACUAAACCUAAUCAAACGGAAGUUACUGAAAUUAUUUCCACUGAAAAUCUGAACGACGCUCAAGCAGAGAAUAAAGGAAGUCCGAUACUGCAAAUUUUAAAAAUGAAUAAACCCGAGUGGUUCCACAUUUUCACAGGGUGUGUAACUGCGGUUAUAAACGGUUCAGCUUUCCCCAUUUAUGGGCUAGUUUUCGGUGAUAUAAUCGGUGUGCUAGCCGACCCUAGAGAUUCUUAUGUUCGCGAGCAGAGUAAUAUCUUUUCUCUGUACUUUGUGAUUAUUGGGAUUGUUACAGCUGUCGCUACGUUUUUGCAGAUUUAUUAUUUUGCCGUCGCUGGCGAGAAACUGACGAAACGUCUGCGCGCGAAAAUGUUCCGCGCAAUGUUAAACCAGGAAAUGGCUUGGUUUGACCGAAAGGAAAACGGGGUUGGGGCUCUUUGUGCAAAAUUGUCAGGGGAGGCGGCUAGUGUCCAAGGGGCUGGUGGAAUCCGAAUUGGAACAGUACUUAACUCCCUGGCCACGUUUAUAAUAUCUAACAUAAUAGCACUUUAUUUCGAAUGGAGAUUAGCCUUGGUUUUGAUAUCUUUUUCGCCCAUUAUAUUACUGUCGGUUUUCUUUGAGCAAAAAUUCACACAGGGCGACUCUCAAGUGAAUCAGAAAUAUUUGGAAAACUCGGCAAAGAUCGCAGUGGAAGCUAUUGGGAACAUUCGAACGAUUGCGUCCUUAGGAUGCGAGGAAGUUUUUCACGGCUACUAUGUCAAAGAGUUGACUCCAUACGUGGCCAAUGUUAAGAAGCAAAUGCACUUUAGAUCGGCUGUUCUGGGUGUUGCCAGAAGCGUAAUGCUUUUUGCCUACGCUGUCGGGAUGGGAUAUGGCGCCAAAUUAAUGGUGGAUUCUGAUGUAGACUACGGAACAGUCUUCAUAGUUUCCGAAACUGUAAUAGUCGGCUCAUGGUCGAUCGGUAACGCAUUUUCGUUCUCCCCCAACUUCCAGAAGGGAUUAUCCGCCGCUGACCGAAUAUUCUCGCUUUUGAAGCGCGUGCCUGAAGUGAAAAACUCACUCGAACCUGUCUAUUUAAACGACGUCCGAGGGAACAUCGAAUACUCAAACAUUUAUUUCUCAUACCCCACUCGGUCCUCAGUCUCGGUACUAAACGGCCUGAACUUGAACGUGCUUCAAGGCAAAACCGUGGCUUUGGUGGGUGCGAGUGGUUGUGGCAAAUCAACCAUCAUCCAACUGUUGGAAAGGUUCUACGAUCCGGUCUCCGGCGAGGUUUCCCUCGACGGAGAAUCGGUCAAAACUGUCGACAUUCAAAACUUGCGGUCACACCUUGGCAUUGUGUCCCAAGAACCGAACCUUUUCGACAGAACAAUAGCCGAGAAUAUUGCCUAUGGGGCCAACGAUCGCACAGUUGGCAUGAACGAAAUCGUCGAAGCGGCCAAAUCGGCAAACAUCCACACUUUCAUAUCGUCUCUACCAGGGGGUUAUGAAACUAGUUUGGGUAGCAAAGGGGCGCAGUUGUCUGGGGGCCAAAAACAGCGCGUUGCUAUUGCUAGGGCUUUGAUUCGGAAUCCGAAGAUUCUAUUGCUGGAUGAAGCAACUUCAGCACUCGAUAACGAGAGCGAAAAAGUCGUGCAAGAAGCUCUAGAUAAUGCAAAGAAAAACAGGACUUGUAUCACAAUAGCGCACAGAUUGACCACAAUCCAAGACGCCGAUCUUAUUUGUGUGUUAAACGAGGGAGUUGUUGCAGAAAUGGGAAAGCACAAUGAGUUACUGGACAAAAAGGGGCUCUAUUACGACUUCUAUAAAUUACAAACUGGGCAAAAGUAGUUAAUUUAGGCACAAUUGUUAAUGUAGUUAAGCUACGUGUGUUAAGAAACGGGCUUUCAGAUUGGCAAAAUCUCAGUUUGAUAAAUGAAACUAUUUUUUUUACAAAA